AUGGAAAGAGUAAUAGAUGAAGAUGAAGAUGAAGAAAGAUCAAGUACGAUGUUGUUUCUUAAAUUAUACGAGCUGAAGCUUAGAGAUCUUCCAAAACUCACAACAUUCUGCAACUCCACUGCAAAUUUUGUUGAAAUGUCCUCCUUAUUCAGAUUGUGGAUUGAAAAUUGCCCUGUUGUUCAAGCAUUCAUCUCCAAUUCUACAUGUGGUGGGAUGACAUCAUCAAGCAAAGAAAAUGCAGAAAUGAGUGCAAAGGAGAACUAUACUCGCAUGCAAUCUCUUUUUGAUAAAAAGGUAAGAUUCCCCAGUUUGGAGAUAUUGUCAAUCGAUUAUGCUGAUGAAUUGGUGAAGAUCUGGGACGAUCAGCUCUCUUCAGAUUCCUUCUACAAAUUAAAUCGUGUGUCCGUAUGCUUUUGUAGAAGACUUGUAAGUGUUUUUCCAUCUAAUAUGCUUGGAAGACACAAGAAACUAGAGUGGUUGCAAGUACGAAAUUGUGAUUCAGUUGAAGAGAUAUUUGAAGUGCUUGAGAAAAGGUCUAGUGAGGUGGAGGAAAUUGUUGAUAACGAGGAAGCAGCCCCUAGGUUUGUGUUCUCUAAGUUAACUAGGCUGUAUCUACAUAUGCUACCUAGUCUCAAAAGUUUAUACCCAAAAGUACAUAUUUCUGAAUGGCCAAAUUUAAAGAAGUUGAAGGCACAUGGAUGUGUUAAUAUGGAGAUAUUUGCUUCAGAAUUUUUGAGCAUUCGAGGGACUCAUGGAGAAAGUCAACAACCACUAUUCUUGGUUUACAAGGAUGCAUUCCCUCGCUUGGAAGAGCUAGAGUUAACUGAAAUGCCCAGGUUGCUACAUCUAUGGAUAGGAGAUUCUCAGCCUAGCAAUGCUUUUAAAAAUCUGAAGACUUUGAAAGUAUCUGGAUGUGGCAGUUUAGAAAAUUCAUGGUCAACAACAGUGUCUUUCCAGAAUUUGGAGAAUUUGCAAGUUUCAAAGUGUGAUGGAUUGAGAUAUUUAUUGACCCCUUUAAAAGCUAAAACUCUUGAUCAACUUACAAGAAUGAAUGUAUCUGAUUGCAAAAUGAUGGAGGAAAUUAUAACACAUUUGGGGGAUGAAGUACUGCAGGAUCCAAUUGUUUUCAACAGAUUGGACUGUUUGGAACUUCACUGUUUGUCAAGCCUUAAAAGCUUUUGUUGUGGGGAUUAUACUCUUGAAUUCCCACGCUUGAAAAAAGUAAUUGUCAGACAAUGCUUGAAGAUGGAGACUUUUUGUCAUGGAGUUAUAACCACACCAAAGCUACAAAAACUACAAUUGACAGAAGGAGAGGAUGAAGUAGAAGAAUGUUGGGAAGGCAACCUUAAUUCCACCGUACAACAUUUGUUCAAAAAUAUGAAUGUGCGGAGUUCCAAAGAAGAUUAA